CAGCCUGACCCAUCCCAGCACACAUUGACUUCCACGUUAUGCAACAGCACGGCAAGCACGUGAAGGCCGCACGACACCAGCGGUGCCAACAGGCUGAUUUCUUCCUGACUUAACUAUUUAUUGUGUCCAGUCUGCACUCAUCGAAAGCCUGAUCAAGGAAAUCUGCAUAAUAAAAUGGCUAAUCAGGUGAAUGGUAAUGCGGUACAGUUAAAAGAAGAGGAAGAACCAAUGGAUACUUCCAGUGUAACUCACACAGAACACUACAAGACACUGAUAGAGGCAGGCCUCCCACAGAAGGUGGCAGAGAGACUUGAUGAAAUAUUUCAGACAGGGUUGGUAGCUUAUGUCGAUCUUGAUGAAAGAGCAAUUGAUGCUCUUAGGGAAUUUAAUGAAGAAGGAGCCCUCUCUGUAUUACAGCAAUUUAAAGAAAGUGACCUGUCGCAUGUACAGAACAAAAGUGCAUUUUUAUGUGGAGUUAUGAAGACCUACAGGCAAAGAGAGAAACAAGGCAGCAAAGUACAGGAAUCAACGAAGGGACCAGAUGAAGCAAAGAUUAAGGCUUUGCUAGAGCGGACUGGUUACACUUUGGAUGUAACUACAGGACAGAGGAAAUAUGGGGGUCCUCCUCCAGAUACUGUAUAUUCUGGUGUUCAGCCUGGCAUUGGAACAGAGGUUUUUGUUGGUAAAAUUCCCCGAGACCUUUAUGAAGAUGAAUUGGUACCACUCUUUGAGAAGGCUGGUCCAAUCUGGGAUCUGCGUCUCAUGAUGGAUCCUCUUUCUGGUCAAAACAGAGGUUAUGCUUUCAUUACCUUUUGUAGUAAAGAUGCAGCACAAGAAGCAGUCAAACUGUGUGACAACUAUGAAAUCCGUCCUGGAAAGCACCUUGGAGUUUGCAUCUCCGUGGCAAACAACAGGUUAUUUGUUGGGUCAAUUCCAAAGAACAAAACUAAGGAAAACAUAUUGGAAGAGUUUGGUAAAGUCACAGAGGGUUUGGUGGAUGUAAUUUUGUAUCAUCAACCUGAUGAUAAAAAGAAGAAUCGAGGAUUCUGCUUCUUGGAAUAUGAGGAUCACAAGUCAGCAGCGCAAGCUCGCCGGCGCCUGAUGAGUGGCAAAGUAAAAGUCUGGGGAAAUGUUGUUACAGUGGAAUGGGCUGAUCCAGUAGAGGAACCUGAUCCAGAAGUCAUGGCAAAGGUUAAAGUUUUAUUUGUAAGAAACUUGGCCACUACUGUGACAGAAGAAAUUCUUGAGAAAUCCUUUUCUGAAUUUGGAAAGUUGGAAAGAGUAAAGAAAUUGAAGGAUUAUGCAUUUGUUCAUUUUGAGGACAGAGGUGCAGCAGUGAAGGCUAUGAAUGAAAUGAAUGGGAAAGAGAUAGAAGGGGAAGAAAUUGAAAUAGUAUUAGCAAAGCCACCGGAUAAGAAAAGGAAAGAACGUCAGGCUGCCAGACAGGCCUCCCGGAGCACUGCGUAUGAAGACUAUUAUUACUACCCUCCACCUCGCAUGCCACCUCCUAUGAGAGGCCGAGGCCGUGGAGGAAGAGGUGGAUAUGGCUAUCCCCCAGAUUACUAUGGCUAUGAAGAUUAUUACGAUGAUUACUAUGGCUAUGACUAUCAUGACUACCGUGGUGGCUAUGAAGAUCCCUAUUACGGCUAUGAUGAUGGCUAUGCUAUAAGAGGAAGAGGAGGAGGAGGAAGGGGUGGGAGAGGUGCCCCUCCACCACCUAGGGGGCGGGGAGCACCACCACCAAGAGGUAGAGCUGGCUACUCACAGAGGGGGGCACCCAUGGGACCGCCGAGAGGAGCCAGGGGGGGGAGAGGGGGCCCUGCGCAGCAGCAGAGAGGACGCGGUGCUCGCGGAGCCAGGGGCAACCGUGGGGGCAACGUAGGAGGCAAGAGAAAGGCAGAUGGGUACAACCAGCCUGAUUCCAAGCGCCGGCAGACCAACAACCAGCAGAACUGGGGCUCCCAACCCAUCGCUCAGCAGCCGCUCCAGCAAGGUGGUGACUAUGCCGGUAACUAUGGUUACAAUAAUGACAACCAGGAAUUUUAUCAGGAUACUUAUGGGCAACAGUGGAAGUAGACAAGUGAGGAGGGAUUGAGAAUAUUGGAAACAUAGAAUUGGCUAUAGCUCUACAUCUUUCAAAAAAAAAAAACCAACAAAAAAAAAAAAUUGGCUUAAUGUUUCAUCCUUCAGUAGCGAUUGGCUGCCAUUUGUAUUGGGCUGAAGAAUCACUCUAUUGUGUAUAUACUCGAGUCUCUUAGUUUUCUUUUUUCAUAAACGCACUUGGACAUUACUGGGCUUGCAGAAUUCCUGAACUCCAUACGGGGUUUCAGCGCUUUUAUCAUUUUAGGCUUCAUUUUAGCAGUUUAAAAGCAGGAAUGGCACACUGUUCAAUCAUGAUUUUGCAGAACCUCUGGUUUUGGACAGUUUCUAUUUUUUUUUUUAAUUUUUUUUAAUUUUUUUUUUGAUUUGGGAUAGACUACAUAGGAGUAUGCUGUACAUAAAAGUAAAAGCUAGUGCUUUGUCUUAGUAGUUUUAAGAAAUUACAACAAAUUAAGUUUUCUUGUAUUGAAAAUAACAUGAUUGUAUGUUUUGCAUUCCUAGAAGUAGGAUAACUGUGUUUUUAAAUUGUUAUAACUUCACACCUUUUUGAAAAUCUGCCCUACAAAAUUUGUUUGGCUUAAAACGUCAAAGCCGUGGCAAUUUGUUCCUUGAUGUGAUUGUAUUUCCAAUUUCUUGUUCAUGUAAGAUUUCAAUAAAACUCAAAAAUCUAUUCAAAACA